AUGGAGAUCGAAUCCUUUGAUGUUCUUCCUCGCGAUAUGGUGGUGGAAAUUCUCGCUUCGGUCGCCGCCAACUCCAUGGACGACUUCUUCAAUGCGAAAAUAAGUUGCAAAAUCUUUAAUGAAUUAGCUGAAGAGGACUACGUAUACCGACAAAUGUCACUCGACAAAAUUUCAAGAAUACUAUGGUGGCAUCCCGAAGAAGGCAAUGCCUUCAUUCAGAGGUGCAUCAAAUGCGAUAAUUUGGAGGCUCUGUACACGCAAGGACUAUAUGAGUGCGUAAGCCUCAUGAAGCUUGAGCUGGGAAUGGAGUUAUUGAAGAGGGCGGCACAUAUUGGGCACGUCGGAGCCUCCUACGUCCUGGGGCUCCUCCUCGUCUGCGAGGGUGGCGAGUUAAAGAAGGACGGAGUCCGGCUGUUGAGAAAAGUGUACGCGAGCGGGCGAGUGGUGGAAUCCCGCAAGAAGUACCUCGACGUCGUCCGCAACAUGUGGUGGAACAACGUGGCGAUCUUCAGAGGAGAGCCUCCCCGUUACGACUGCCGGAUGCAGAGCGAGCACUGCAAGAGGAGAGGAUGGGCACGCGACAUCGACCAUUAUGACGACACCGAAUGCGAACAGUGCAUUUGCCGAUCGGAGAUCGAGAUCCUCUACAAGUACGGCAAGCGCUCGUGA